UACAUCGGUUUGGAGGGGCGUAGAAAGGAGGCCAUAUUGUACAGUUAAAUUGUAAGAAAGAAAAUAAUUUAUUGUAUCGGCCUGCACUCGCGACUGUUUAGUUUCGGUAGUUUUUGUCAUUUGCCGUGCUAAACUUCGCAUCUUGAAAUCGCAAGCAUACCGGCAGAUCACGCAGUCGAUUAAUCGAGACUGCUGCCCUUUUGUAAAUAAAUAAAAGACUUGCUAUUCGUGAUCAGGACACCGUCCGUCCACCGAGGGAGGAGUUUGUUGCUGCCGCCACCGAUAUGGGCACUCGAGACGACGAGUACGAUUAUUUAUUUAAAGUGGUUCUCAUCGGAGACUCUGGAGUAGGAAAGAGUAAUUUACUCUCUCGCUUCACACGAAACGAAUUCAACCUCGAGUCAAAAUCGACCAUAGGCGUCGAGUUUGCGACGCGCAGUAUACAGGUGGAUGGUAAGACUAUCAAGGCUCAAAUAUGGGAUACAGCUGGACAGGAACGUUAUCGUGCUAUCACUUCAGCGUAUUACCGUGGGGCGGUCGGAGCACUACUUGUGUACGACAUAGCAAAACAUCUGACGUACGAAAAUGUGGAAAGAUGGUUGCGAGAACUGCGGGAUCACGCUGAUCAGAACAUCGUGAUUAUGCUAGUGGGCAACAAGUCGGAUUUGAGGCACUUGCGCGCCGUACCCACCGACGAGGCCAAAGCCUUCGCCGAAAAGAAUGGUCUCUCCUUUAUCGAAACGUCUGCCCUGGACUCGACCAAUGUCGAAACUGCGUUCCAAAACAUAUUAACAGAAAUAUACAGAAUCGUGUCGCAGAAACAGAUUAGAGAUCCACCCGAAGGAGAUACAAUCCGGCCACAGAACGUAGAACCUAUCGACGUCAAGCCAACGAUGAACUCUGACGGAAUGCGCAAGCAGUGCUGCCAGUGACUCGCCUCGCUGCUUUAUAUAAGCGGUAACACGGAGGGAGGAAAGGAGGAGAGAGUGGUGGCUGGUGGUAGAUAUAGCAGGUGCGUAAGAGCACGAGAGCUAAGACUAUGCGUACGGGCCGGUGAAAUCGUAUGCUAGAAGAGUCUGACGGUCAGUUCGAGCAAUAGCACCAGGGGGUGACGUGGACUAUCCAUGCAUAGAGGUAAUAUAAAAUUACGCGUAAACACGAUACUAGUGCGUAUUAACAUCGAGCGACGAGAACAGUGAAGCGCCGGGACGAAACAGAGAAUAAAGAAUAUCGGGGGGGAGAGAGAGAGAGAGAGAGAGAGAGAGAGAGAGAGAGAGAGAGAGAGAGAGAGAAUGAAGAAGAAAAAAGAGAAAUCGAAGAAUCUAAAUAAUCAACAACGUAUUACGAAUAUGCAAAGGACAAGAAAGCGCGCCCCAAGAUACACGAUGCGAUAAGCGCGAUAAUACACGCUGUGGCCCACGCACCAUUCUGCCCUCUAUUUAAAUUUGUCUUAUUUACGAUAUAUAUAUAUAUAUAAAAAAGGUAUAUAUAUAUAAGUAUAUAUAUAUUAUGUUAUCAUAAUUGAAUGUUGUAUUACCGCUUCUUUGUAAUACAUAUAUCAUUAUUCUUCUCUACGCAUAGUGUGACCGUGAGUAUAUAAACAAUUUAUAAUAAUAUAUUUACGAUGGAAAUCAUGUGAGCGUACGUCGUAAUACACUAAGGGGUGGAAGUGGGGGGGAGUUGGGAGGAAUUUGUGGAAGUUCAACGGCGACGAAGAGAGGAUAUAUUGGAAGGAUCGAUGGACCAUCGAAGAGAUACGAUAAUUUUGGAAUUUUUGGAGAAAAAAAAAAGAGCUGCUAAAUUUUGAGGAACCCUGUUGCUCACUGUCCGUUCUCGCUCUCCACGUAGUAGAGUUAAACCGUACGCGCUAGGCACUAAGUCUCUACAUGCUUUUCGAUUGCGUUCUUUUUACGAGAGGCUUUUUACGUCUGAAGCUAUGCAUAAGUCAAAAUGACAAAAAAAAAAUCCACGCGUAUGAAAUCAUACAUAGGCCCUUCUUCGAAUCUUUGUCUCUUUAAGUGAAUGCCACCCGGGAGAUAUUAUUUUUCAUUACCUAUAACGAAAUUGUUUCGACGUGUGUAGCCAUAAUGUAAUAAAAAAAAAAAAAAAAAAAAAAAAAAAAAAAAAAAAAAAA